AUGAUAAAAUUAUUAAAUAUUCCUAAAUUUUUUACUUAUCAUGGUCUUGAACACCACGAAAAAGGCAACUGCCAUGGUAUUUGUGAUGAUUUAUCAGAAAGUAGACGACAGUGUACCGGAGCUUUUGCUAUUCCAGAUAGCUGCGAUAACGUGAAAAGUUUUCCCGCUGCGGCAUAUGCCGCCUAUGCGGCCGGUCGAGGUUACUCGGGCUACCCUAGUUUCGGACUGCCGUACCCAGCAGGUAAUGCCUUAACCAGUUUGCAUCACCACCACCCACUGCAGUUGUUGUCCUACCCCCUAGAUCACCCUCUAGGUGUGUACGGCAACGCUGCAGCUGCCAGCCUGCAUGCCAUGCCCUUGUGA